ACUGUCCCCCUGUCCCCGCUCUGUCCCCGUGUCCCCUCAUUGUUCCGGCUCUGUCCUCGUUCUGUCCCCUCCCGCCGCCCCGGGCCCUGCCCCCGCUGGCCCUGGGGAAGGCUGGUGCCUCUCGGAGCUCUCGGCUCUCCCUGGGCUCAGCUCUGGCUGCCAUAGAGGGGGCGCGGUGGGAUCCUGUGCAGGGCAGGACAGGCUGGGAUGGUUCUGUUCCCUGCCGUUCCUGCUGCCAGCUUCUCCUCUCCCCAGAAAUCCCCAUCUGGAGGACAUGGUGGGGGCCCAGGGAAGGCAGAGGGGGCUCUGUUUGGUGCCCAGCUGGGUCUCCAUUUUUCCUUCCCUUUCAUUUAGGAGGGAGAAGAGCCAAACUUUGUCUGCCUGCCCCGUGCUGGAGCCCUGGUUGUCAGGGUGGGUGUUUGGGACACAGGGGAGCCUUUGGCAAGAGGCAGCUCCUUGGCCAGGUUGUUUGUAUCCCAAAUAGCUGAGAGGGAAAGAAGCUGCUGGAUCCUGGGGUGCACAGGGGGGAUGUGGACCCACAUUUGCUUUGGGUCAGGACCUCCAUCCCUGCAGAGCAGAUGGGAACAGGAGCUCAACAGGUGAUUGCAGCUCCUGGCCAGGCUCCUUAGGACUCCUCACAGCUGUGGGUGCUUCCACAGAGCUCAGAGAGUGAAUCCUGUCUGCUGAGUUUAGGAGAUGUUCCCUAGCUGCCAACACCACCAGCAGUGUGGUUAUGGGCAGUGGAUGUGACAUUGUUCAGGAGAUUCACAACUUAACUGAGCUUUUUAAAACUUUCCAAGGAAAUCCCUCCCUCUGAACAAUGAAGAUCUUAGACCCUGGCUAACCCUGAGUCCUGCAAACCCUUUGUGGAUCCUUCCUGGCUGCUCUGGAGCAGAUGCUGAGGCUCCCUAGGGGAUCUUCUCCAGUCACUCCUGGUGCCUGUGUCAGAGCAGAGGAAGCUCCCAGCCACCGUGUGCCCGAGAGCUGAGCCAUGCUGGGCAGGAGGAGCCGCCUGCCCCCCGAGCAGCCGUGCCAGGAGGCCGUGCCACUGCGGGCCCGGGCAAACAGGGACACGGAGCUCAGCCUGGGCGUCCUGGGGGGCUCCAGCAGGGACACAGGUGUCAGCCUGGAUGUGCUGGGGGGCUCCUCGCCCCAGCCCAAGGGUGGCCGCAGCCGGGCGCAGCAGAUGAGGGACAGGAAGGGACGCAGGGCCGAGCUCAAGGACUCCAACGGCCGAGAGGCAGAGACCAUCACCUUCAUCUCCGGCACGGCUGAGGCUGCCCCGAACCAGAACUUCUGCUGCUCUGCCCUGGCUCAGGCCUGGAACACGUACAAGGCUGUUUUCUGCUGCAUAGUGACGUGUGGGGGCUGCUUCCAGGACUGCAGUGUCUGUGUUCCCUACCCGGGGCCCGCCGAGACCUCCACGGACGAUGGGAAGAACGGAGACUACAACGGGCGGCUGCCAAACAGCCCCAGCAGCUCCUCUCCUGCUGAGAAGAACGGCAACCAGAUCAAAAAGUCCAGCAUGGGCAGCAGUUUCAGUUACCCAGACGUGAAGCUGAAGGGCAUCCCUGUCUAUCCAAACAGAAGCCCCAAUCACCACCUGGAGUCUGACUCCUGCUGCAAGGAGCUGCUGGAGAAGCCCUUCAGGAACAGCAUGGAGAAGCCCGCCGUGCCCAGCAGCCACAGGAGCUCGGAGGAGUAUUACUCCUUCCACGAGUCGGACGUGGACAUCAGCGAGCUGAACGGCUCCAUGUCCAGCCGCCAGAUCGACGUGCUCAUCUUCAAGAAGCUGACGGAGCUGUUCAGCGUGCACCAGAUCGACGAGCUGGCCAAGUGCACCUCGGACACCGUCUUCUUGGAGAAGACCAACAAGAUCUCGGACCUGAUCAACAGCAUCACGCAGGACUACAACCUGGACGAGCAGGAUGCUGAGUGCCGCCUGGUGCGGGGCAUCAUCCGUAUCAGCACCCGCAAGAGCCGCGCGCGGCCGCCCCUCUGCAGCCGCGAGCGCUCGCGCGGCGCCGCGCCCGACAGCGGCAACGAGACCAUGCUGGAGUCCAUGCUGACCAGCCAGGACGAGCUGGCUGUGCAGAUAUCGGAGGAGACGCCAGCAGAUGUGAUGGCCAGGAACAUGAGGCGGCACAGCAGCGCAGGCUCUCCAACCAGCAGAGAUUCCUCUUUCCAGGACACAGAGACUGACUCCUCUGGGGCUCCUCUGCUCCAGGUGUACUGUUAAAUGACCUGAGCAGCAGGGAGGCAUCCCAGGCUCUGCUGCAUCCCAAUCUUGCCAUGUGGAGUGUGCUGUGCCACAUUUGAUUUUCUUUUUCCCAGUCUACCCUGAAGCCAGAUGCCUCCUGCUGUCGGAAUUUCACUGGAUGUUUUGGUUUUUUUGGACAAUCAAGGAAGCAAACUGCAGAGCUAAUGAACUUGGGAGGUGGAAUGUGUGCCCAGGGAGGAGAAGAUGGACAAGGAAGUGGCAGAUCAUUGUGCCUCUGUGAUUCUGUAAAUCACAUCUAGCUCCAGCAGCUUCAGUCUGGCUCAGCCCUUUCCCUGCUUUGAGGUGCAGUUCCUGUUUCCUGGCACUGCCUGAGUGAACCUGGAUGGGGAGUAACAGUGUGGUGUCUGUGCUGGUGCUGAGGUGCAGGCUGAGAUCCCGCUCUGGAGGGACCCAAAUCUCUAUGUAAAGUGCCUGUGUUGGUCUCACAACCCCAAAAUCUUCUGCCCAUGGUGUUUUCAGUAGCCAGAUCUGCCUUUCCCUGCUGGCCCUCGCUGUCACCUCCUGCUGCCUUGUGAGGUUCAGGUUUGUGGGGUUCAUUUAAUUUGUGGCCUCUUGGCUCAUCUGCUGGGACAGUGCCAGUCCUGGGCUGCCCCUGCCUGGGGAUCAGCUCUGCCAGCCUGCUGGGAGUCCUGGGGAGCACACACUGGGACCUGCCAGCAGCAGCUCUGCCUCCCUCCCCUGCCCAGCCCUCCUGGCAGAGCCUGGAGCAGGAGGGAAACACCUGACUCACUCCUAACUUUGUGGUUCAGAGCUGUUUGACUGUUCUGCUGGAAAAUCCCUUCCAAGUUGUUUGCUAGGAAAGGAAAGGGUCCUGAGAGUGCCUGCAGAGGGUUUGGGGGGCACUGCUGGCACCCAGCUCCUCCCUGUGGCAGGGGGAGGCAGGAGAUGGGCACUGCUGUCCCCAGGGCACGGUGCCAGGUGGCCUUGAGGGCUGCAGCAGGAGGAAGCUGCAUCUGUGCUGUUGCCACUGUUUGGUUGUUUGUCACAGAGUAAACACAGCAAGCCAUGGGACUUGCUUGGAGAUUGGGGUGCCCUUGGACAUGAGCAGAAAACACUUCAUUGAAUUCUCUAGCCCUAGGAUAAACACACCCACUGGAUUUUGGGGAGAGGGAAGCCCAGAUAGGCCCCAGGUUUUGGUGUGGACCGUGGUUUUGUGCCUCAGUUGGACUGGAAUGUGCCUCAGUUGGACUGAAAUGUGCCUUAAUUGAACUGAAAUGUGCCUUUAUUUUACAGCCUGUGGUUGCUCUUCAGAGGUUUGGGCAGGGACGAAGUGUUUAAUUCCUCUCACAAGCACUCAGGCUUCUUUAAAAGGCCAAAACCCUUUGAAAUUCCAGUUCCAGUCCCUGUUAGAGCCUGGUUUUGUAAACCACUGGCUUUUUUCAGAGUGUGCUUCCAGAAAUCAGGGGCAUUACUGAGACCACACCUGAAGAUAUUGACAGAGAUAUUUUGAAAAUAAAGGGGAGAGACUGAGCCUUGGAUUUGGCUUCCCCUCCCUGCUUUGUGUUUAAAGCUGUUGGUUUAUGAGAAAUCGAGUUUAUACAAGGAAAAGUCUUGAAGCAAGGCCAGGCUGGGACUCCCAGGGGAGCUGUGUGAGGUCAUCUCAUUCCCAGUGCUGCCCAUCCUGAGGGACCUGCUUGGCUCCUGCUUCUCAGGGGUUUGUACAUUAUUUGGACGAGUUUGCUCCAAGCUGUGUGCUGAGGUUCACAUGGCUCACACUGACACAGCUCUGUGGGCUGUGCUUUGGAGACAAGGAGUGAGCUGGACUUGCAAGGAGCAAAUACACAUUUUUAGUGUCUAGUCUGGGUGUGAAGAGUGAGUGUGUGUGGAUUAAACUAACAAAAAGACCCCAAGCCCCCCAGAAACUCACUAAGAAAGACUGUCAGCUCGAUGGUCCCUGAGCUGGUUCACCUGUGGUGUCUUAUGGGAUUCUUUUGCACUCAUUUGCCUUAAAUGUCCUGGUUUGGUCUUUUUUUAUAAAGUAAAAGUUGUGCUCUUUACCUGU